GCUUCGCAUUGAUGUUAUGAAAAUGUUUUCCAAAGAAAUGCUAAUUUUAGCGCAGCUCUUCAUAAUCAACACGAACAGUUGAGUACGUGAAUAAAUAGAUCGAUAAUCUCGCCUUUAAGUCGUCUCUUCUUCUAGUUUUAGACCUCAGAAUAAGGUUAAUUAGAUAAACAAACCGUGGCCGGUGGCCGCGAAACAAAGGCGCAUUGCAGUCAUGAAGCUAUCCAAGCUUUGCCGAUACACGGCCAACUUAUCCGUGCUUCAAAUGUGUGGCGCACACAUGGACAUAAGAUCACGGCGUCAGAUCGCGCAUAGCUAAAUCAAAUGGUUCAAGAUUUAUUAUGUGUAUGAAGUACAGGAUCAGGAUGUACUAAAAAGAAAUGAAAUUCUUAUUAGCGUAUACAGAGAUUUAACAAUGAAAACGUAAAUAAAUACGAGACCGAAAUAUACAGAAAGACAGACAAAUAAACAUACAAACAAACAAAUAAAAAUGGCAGCAGUAUGACAAGUAGCAGUAAUAGGGUAUAUUGAUGGGUAUAAUAUGAAUAAUAUCAACAGUACAAACAGAGUCUAAUGUCAGAAGCAGUGGCAAAUUAUUUCCAUUAAAUCUUCGAGACUUGUGAGAUCUCUUACGCAUUUUGUUGAAGGAAUUUUAUGCGAUCAAACCUAAUUUCUGUACGGAUCAGCAUGGGCGUCAUAGUGGGGAGAAAAGUCUUAACAGGGCCCCAAGUCGGGGGAGGGCCCUUGAGAAGUCUGGAAUUUUGUUUUUCUUUAAAUAUUACUAUCAUAAAUAAAGGUCACAAUGAAUGUUGCUAACUAAUGUAAAUUGAAUGUUUUGUUUGGUUGAAUACAUCGGUUGAUUGAUGGAUUGAAUUUUGUAUCCCACAUACUGUAUACAGUGUCUGAGGACAGGCCACCCCUCACCCCUUGCAAAAACACGAAAUGGUUUAGUCUGCCUUCAGCGGGCUUUUUAACUUAGACGCACUUUACUUAGCAUUCCGUUCCUUCUGCUAGAGCGCGCAUUGUAGCCUUGCAGUUGACAAUGCUCUUGACCAAAAAAGCGAAAUCAGGCUGUCAGAAAAGAAAAGAAAGGCGGGAUCGAGAGUAAAAGCAAAAUGAGGGAAAGCAACUACUGACAAACUCCUUUUCCAAGAAAGGAAUAGCGUUACACUGAGAGCCAAUGGGGACCCCAGGAAAGACACCUGUGGACAGGGGCUGCCUGGUGGGCAUCAUGUUCUUUAUCUUUGGACUGGGAACCCUUCUGCCAUGGAACUUUUUCGUAACUGCUUCAAUGUACUUUGAAAACCGACUCAACAAUUAUGAAUGGAGCAAUGGCACUGUCACUGUGCGCAAAGAGUACUACUUCAAAAACUGGAUGACUCUGCUAUCCCAGUUGCCACUGCUCCUGUUUACCCUGUUGAACUCCUUCCUGUAUCAGUGGAUUUCGGAAAAGGUUCGGAUUGCUGGAAGUCUGGUCUUCAUCCUUCUUUUCUUCAUCCUCACUGCCGUUCUGGUCAAGGUACCCAUGGAGGAGGACCAGUUCUUCUCGGUUACCAUGGCAACCACUUGGUUCAUUAACUCGUUCGGGGCAGUGAUGCAGGGAAGUCUCUUUGGCUUGGUGGGCCUCCUCCCUCGAAAGUACAGCUCCGUAUUCAUGAGCGGUCAGGGGCUGGCCGGUACCUUUGCUGCAUUGGCCAUGUUGCUGGCCAUAGCAAGCGAGGCAGAGAGUGAGACAGCAGCACUAGGUUACUUCAUCACUCCAUGUGUGGGGACCCUGUUGAACAUUAUGUGCUACGUCAUGCUCCCACGUUUAGAGUUUGCCCAGUUCUACUUAAACAAGAAGAUGAGCUAUGAGCGGGAGGUUUCUAUGGAGCUGCUACCUAGAGAGGUUGGGCAGGUAGAAGACUCCGUUCCAUGCCCCCUGGUGGCUGACAGCGAUGCACCACACCCCGAUGCUAUAACAUGUGACACGCAGCGAACCGUGCUCACCCUGCAGGCGGAGCGGACCAGGUGUGACAAGAAGUCUUCUAUUAAGGACAUCUUGAAGAAGAUUUGGGUGAUGGCAUUCUGUGUGACAUUUGUGUUCACAGUCACCCUGUCUGUGUUUCCUGCUGUCACCGCAGAUGUGAAGACCAAAUUUAGUGGGACCUGGGAAUUAUACUUCACACCAGUAUGCUGCUUCCUCACCUUUAAUGCAAUGGAUUUCAUUGGCCGGAGUGUAACCUUCUGCGUUAAGUGGCCUCCCAAGGAGAGCCUCCUGUUCCCAGUGCUGGUGGUAGCACGGCUGGCAUUCAUCCCAUUGUUAAUGCUUUGUAAUGUGCCAGGCAACAGAUACCUGCCAGUGCUCAUCUCCCAUGAUGCAGCCUUCACUGUCAUUAUGAUGCUCUUCUCCAUCUCCAGUGGAUACUGUAUGUGUCUGUCUAUGACCUACGCACCACAGUUAGUGGAGCCCAAAGAUGGGGAGACCGCAGGAGCCCUGAUGGCAUUCUUCCUGGCACUGGGUCUGUCUCUGGGGGCAACAUUGUCAUUCCCGCUGCGAGCCCUGUUGUAUUUGUCCGGUUCGGAGUAGGAGCACCCAGCUCCUAUCUCUGGCAGGGUGUUUGUCAGUGUCCCUCCCUCCUUUUCUUCUCAAUUAGUUUCCACCCACACAAUGGAAGAAGAAACAGAAAAAGCUGUUAGCCACUCUGCCACAUCAGACCCUAUUCGCACAUUAACAUACAUCCUAGGUGGUCCAAUCACAAGUGGACAGCAUUAAAUACAAGUAUUUACAAAUACAAAAAGUAUAAAUGCAAAUAGGGCAUGGUGGUGCAGUGGUUAGCACUGUUGCCUCACACCUCUGGGACCCAGGGUCAAGUCUCCGCCUGGGUCACAUGUGUGCGGAGUUUGCAUGUUCUCCCCAUGUCGUCGUUUCCUCCAGGUACUCCGGUUUCCCCCCACAGUCCAAAAACAUGCUGAGGCUAAUUGGACUUGCUAAAUUGCCCGUAGGAAUGCAUGUGAGAGUGAAUGGUGUGUGAGUGUGCCCUGCGAUGGGCUGCCCCCCCAUCCUGGGUUGUUCUUUGCCUCAUGCCCAUUGCUUCUGGGAUAGGCUCCGGACCCCCCGCGACCCAGUAGGAUAAGCGGUUUGGAAAAUGGAUGGAUAAAUACAAAUAAGUUUGAAUCUACUGGGAAGUUAGUUUAAUAUCAGAAUGUCGUGACCCAUUUGGAAACAUUAUCUGUAUCAUUAAUGUUCCACAUACACACAUUAAGUGUGUAUCAUUAAUGUUCCAUGUAAAUUCAAGAAAAAUAAAUUGUGUAAGAAGCAAUUUAUUAUAGAUGAUUUGAAAUUUGCACAGAUUACAUAUUUCAUGCACACUUUGAUGAAGCUCCCUUAUUUAUGUCAAAGUUGCUCCAGGUUUUAUUAAUAUUGGUGAAACGUGCCAGUAAGAAUGUUACAGAAUGUCAGGAUCCCCCCAUCGCCACGCACUCCAGGCAUGCCUAAAGGGAGCAAAGGGGCAACACAGGGAACGCGAUGAGACAGCACCUGGGGUAACAAAAGCAAAAACAUUGAUGCACCAAGGGGAACAGCAACAACAUGAGGGACAAGCAAGACAACAAGAACCAGGACAUAAACUGAGCAAACACGGACACAAUCAGGGGCACCAAAAACGGAAACACGAGACACAAAGGCACUAAGGACGGUGAUAAUGGAGUAACAGCAGCAGGGAAUACACCGAGGAAAGGAGGAGUGAAGGGACCAGGAGGAAACAAAAGUGGAACAGAGGGACAGGGAGCAAUGAGGUGAAGGGUGGAGGGAACCAGGGAGGCGGAGGUGACUCCGAAAGGGGUAAGGAGGAAGGCGCAGGUGACUGACGAGGUGGAGCUGGGAUAACCUCAGGCGAUAGACGAGUCACCACAGGGGGAGCAACAGCCAACUGACGAGCAGGAGCCGGGGGGACCGAAUGCGACCGCCAAGCUGAAGCAAGGGGAACCGAAGGUGAAUCCAGGGGCAGGGUGGAUGGGACUUGACACCAGUGCAGGUGUCCUCUCCCUCGGCGGGAGACUGAAAGAAGGGGCCCUGUCCGGGAUCUGCCAUGAUGGGGUGUAUCCUCCAGAGCGUCUCUGGGGAAGGACUCAGGGUGAGCCCACUCCAGCUCCUCCGACAACUCUAGAGGAUCAGGAGCAGGAACCACUGGGGCUGGGGCCACAGGAGCAGGAACCUCAGGGAUUGGGGCCACAGGACCAGGAACCUCAGGGACUGGGGCCAAGGCCACGGGAGCAGGAACCGCAGGGACUGAGGCUGGGGCCACGGGAGCAGGAACCUCAGGAACUGAGGCCGGGGCCAUGGGAGAUGAGCCUUGGAUGCUGGCGAAGCGGCGAGGAGAUGAGCCUCAGGUGCUGGCAAAGUGGAGGAUCCUGGAAGGGCUUCCGAUACACCCUUCCGUUUGCAAUCUCUCCGCUUCUUUUUGCGGACUUAUGUUAAUACCAGGGGGGUAUUCCAUGAAAAUAGCUAAAGAAAGCCAGACUUUCCCGAAAAAGUCAGACUCAAACUAGCAACAUCUCUAGACUUAGCCUCAUGUCGUUCCACGAACACAGUUAAACUUUAAUUAAUCAAGGCUCACUUAUUGCACCCAAGAUAUUUAAGAAACCCAAAUGAAUGGAUGAAUGAUAGAUCGAUCAAAUGAGUCGGAAAGCAUGUAAAACAAGAGUGGUGUUUGAUGGAGCUGUAUGAAAAAUACAAAGAUGUAAUCACUAAAAAGGCAAUACUGUGGCCAUAAAUAAAGUCAGGGAGUUGGCUUGGCAAAAAAUUGCAUACUAAAUGCAUAAGUUAUGUAAAUGUUACAAGUACAGUGGCACGGUGGUAUAGUGGUUUAUGCUAUUUCCUUCCACCGCAAAGGUUCCUGGUUUGAUCCCCAUAGCUAACGGGGAACUGUCUGGGUUGUAUACUGUAUAAUGUUAAAAUUACUGUAUAAUCUUAUUCUGUAUUAUUUGAUCUCUGUAAAGUGUGAAAUGUUCAGCAGAAAUAACCAUUUAAUAAUAAUUGUCACAGCCUCCGGGCGUGGUCCGGCGGAGGCGACCAAUUAGACGUUAAUACAGAAUACUAUAAAGGGAAGGCACCCGCAGCUAAGGUUGCAAAGUAUUUACCAAUGUCCAAUUGCAAUACCGAGCGUUUUUACGUCCAUUUUCUUUCCCAUGUUUCUUACCACUUCCGUCUGCCUUGGAGUGUGGUUCCUGGGCUAUGUCCUUCGACUAGGAGCAGUGGCCAUGGAGGCCCAGAAGGUAACUGCCAUCCAGGAGUGACCACGCCCCCGGAACCUCAAGGAGCCACAACGCUUCCUGGGGUUCGCUAAUUUCUAUAGACAGGUCAUUACUCCUGGUCCAAUGGUUGCUCCGGUAUUACAGCAUCCCGGAGGACAUCGUUUUGGACCGCAGGCCUCAACUUGCGUCCCAGGUCUUUAGAGCAUUCUGCCAUAAACUGAGCAUCUCCCACAGCCUGUCCUCAGCUUACCACCAGCAGUCAAAUGGCCUGGCCGAGUGGAUGAACCAGGAGGUCACCAAGACCCUUCAUCUCAUUAGCCACGGGAACCCCGCUAGUUGGGCAUUUCAUCUAGUCUGGGCCGAGUAUACCCUCAACUCCUGGGUGAGUCCCAGUACAUCCGUUUCCCCAUUCCAAUGUGUCCUGGGGUUCCAGCCACUCCUCUUCCCCUGGGACUCUCCCGUGGGAAAGGUGCCAAAUGUGGAGACCUGGUACCUGGACAGCCGACAGGCCUGGUGGCGGAUACAGCAGGCUCUACACACCCUGGCCCAGAAGACAAAGACCCAGGCCAACAAGUAUCGACCCUCCUUACCAGGUCGGGCAGCAGGUCUGGUUGUCCACAAGAAACCUCAAGCUCCCGGGAUGCCGUAAGCUCACGGCCAGAUACCUUGGGCCGUUCCAGAUCUUGCAGAGGAUCGGGACCAUGGUGGUAAGGCUCCAGCUACCGAAGGUGUACCGGAUCUGCCCUACCUUUCAUGUCUCUCUGCUAAAGCCUGUUUGCUACAGCCCGCUAUGUCGAGGAUGGGCUCCUCGAGCUACCACCACCAGGGGUUCCCGAGGACUCCCCAGCUGACCGAGUUCAGACCAUCUUGGACUCCCGACACAGAGCAGGCGCCCCCAGUACUUGUUCAAUUGGGUGGGUGGCAGCCCCGAGGAGCGCUCCUGGGUCCCGGCCCGGGACGUCGAGGACCAAGCUCAUCCCUCCAAACCUGGGCCGCGGCCUCGGGGUCGCACUCGCCGGCGUCAAUGGCCUCUGGGAGGCGGCCGUCGGGGGAGGUACUGUCACGCCUCCCGGGCGUGGUCCCGCGAAAGCGACCAAUUAGACGCUAAUACAAGAUACUACAAAGAGAAGGCACAUGCAACUAAGAUUGCGAAGUAUUUGCCAAUGUCCAAUUGCAAUACAGAGCAUCUUCUCGUCCAUUGUCUUUCCCUCGUUCUUUUCCGCUCCCAUUUGCCUUUCGUGUGCUCCUUACCCUGCUUGCCUUCCUUCCCCAGACCAGGCCUCGACCCUGAACCUCCUGCCCUGCCUUCUCUGCCAGCCCCAGGACCUCUCGUCUCCCCUUCCCUGUGUCUCUGUGUCCCAUGCCUGUCCAUAGGACUAACCACCCUGGCUUCUAACCUUCCCUUCCGACCACGAACAUUUUACUCGUCUCGCCCUUUGAAAGCCCUUUGCCUUUUUGAUCUAAUAAAGAUCAUUUUGUCCUGCACUUCUUGGUCCGUGAAUCCCUGCCGGGGCAAUCCUGACACGUAUCUUGUCUUUACUUUUUACAAAAAAAAAUUCAGUGUACUGUGACUAACAAAAAAUAUAUAUCUUCCUGUUCAUAUUAUUUUUACGGAUUUUCUUUUAGUCUCAGUCAUUGUGGUUCAUGUUUGACUUUUGUAAUAUGAGUAUGCUUUUAUUUUAAUUAUUUUGGAAUUAUUUGGAAUGCUGAGACGUGAUUUUUAUAAGCUUUAUUAUCUUUAUUACAUGACAUAAGUAGUGAGAGUGUGGAAUUUCGUCCGAUGGAACAAUCUUUUGGGAAUCUGUUCCCACAUGUCGGACAUUCUUUGAAACAACGCUUAACAAAGCCAGACAGUUAACCUGGUCCGGAGCAGAUUUGUUGACUCGAUUUGUUGAAGUUACCAUGGUAGCUCAGCAGGGAUUCAUUUAAGACAUGUUGAUGGAACGGUACUCCCACUUAAAUGAGCCAGACUUGUCAAAAUAAGUCAGACUUUCCCUUAAUCCUGAUUCGUGGAACACCUCCCAAGUUUAGAGAGCAGCACUGAGGUCCAGGGGUCUUCUCAGCUCUGCCUCUUGGUUCUGAUAACUUGAUAAAGUUAACGUUAUUGAUUAUACUGACGUUAGUUAAUGUAUUGUACAUUAUUUACUGGUGGUGUGUUUUAGGGCAUUUUAAACAGGGUUGUUUUUUUUUUUUUUGUAAUGGUCCCCGCAAGGUCAAAUAACAGGUUUUUGUCCCCACAAUGUAAUGUAAUACACACACGCACACACAGCCACAGGUUUGUAAUUACAUCUUUGUGUGGCCUCUCCAUUUGUUUCUGUGGGGAAAAUUCUAAUUACAACAUGAUGACCAUAAAUAACCAAACAAAAUACAAGACUUUUGGCAUAUUUAGUUUUUUGAUUCCAUUCAUAGACCACAUACUUUACCACGGUGGACUAGAGUUUCUUUCUCAGUGGUUCCACAUGAUUUUAGUUAAUCGCUGUUAAAUGAUUGGCAGCUGAAGAACUAGUGCAGGGACACAAACAAAUGUAAUUCAUAGAAAUGGUAAAACACACUGCAGAUCUCUCUGUAGCUCACGUCGCUACCUGCCCAGCACUGUUGUCGUGGCAUGAGGUUUUCCGCCCUUAGGGUAGCUACACACCACUGUGUAUAUCCAUUGCCCUCUGCCUGUGCCAGAGCUUGUGUGACUGUGUAUGCACUGUUUUCCACCCUUAGGGCAGCUACACACCACUGUGUGUAUCCAUUGCCCUCGGCCUGUGCCAGAGCUCGUGUGACUGUGUCUGCACUGUUUUCCGCCCUUAGAGCAGCUACACACCACUGUGUAUAACCAUUGCCCUCGGCCUGUGCCAGAGCUCGUGUGACUGUGUCUGCACUGUUUUCCACCCUUAGGGCAGCUACACACCACUGUAUAUAUCCAUUGCCCUCUGCCAGCUGCUGUUAUCGCCACAGAAUAGUAAAUUGGCCUAUGGUUCUUGUAGAACCCUGUAAUUUCCUCAUUAUAUAACUUUGAAUAAAAUGUAAGUAAUUUAUCCCUUGAUGAAAAAUGUAAUAAAUCACAAUAAUGUAAUAUUUUUUACUGAUUAAUGGGAAUUUAUAGUUACAAGUUGACCAUUUUUACAAUAAUCAUUGUUACUGCAAACAAAAUGCUUAAUUCAGUCUACUGUAGAAGAUUGUAAUGAAUAAAAGUAUCCAAUGCACGUAGCAUAUUCAUUAAAUCCAUUCAUGUCUUUAA